GCGGGCGGGUCUCUGCGCCUUCCGGAGCUUCUCCGCAGCAGCCUGUAACUGAAGCUUCCCGAGAGGCGUCCUGCGCGGCCUCCCCCGAUGCCGGUCCCCAACAAGCCCGUCGGGAUUGGCCGCUCUCAGAGCUGGGAUGCCGCCGGCUGGUAUCACGGCGCUUGGGGGCACGAUGGCGCCCUGGAGUACCCCAGACCCUCCCCCAGCAGAAGGAGCUCCCUGACUCCCGGCGGCGGCCAGCCUGCCUGGUACGAGCAGAUGCCCGGCCUCCGGGGGCCGGAGAUGGGCCUGCAGGGCGGCCCGGAGCUGCGUCCGGAGCCCUACCUGUACCCGGAUGCGGUGUUCGGGGCCGGCCCCCCCCGCAAGAGCUCUGCCCCCGACUUCGUGUUCUACGACAGCAGGCAGGUGGCGAUGUCCGGGCGGACGUCUGUGCCCUCGCAGGACUUCUACGGUGACCCCCCCUUGGCGGCCGGCCGAUCCCCGAAGGAUCCUCCCUACGCCAGGGACCCAAUGGCGAACAGGCCGGGGCUGCAUUAUGGGAUAGCCGGAAGCCGCUCGGCCUGGGAGCAGCCCCACGGCCGGUCGCCCGGCGCCGGCGCAGCUGGGCUCCUCUACCAGGACGGUGGGGGCAGGAUGGUCCCCGAGGGCCAGCGGACACCCGGCCGGGCCCUGCUCAACGACGUGGCGGGGAGGGCCCCGGAGCCCACCGCCAUGGCCAGGCAGACGGCGCCGACGUGCCUGGUGGUGGACCCCAGCGUGGCAGAGGGCGGCCGGGGCUACGGGCCGACCCAGGAAGCCCUCCAUGCCAAGAUGGCCUUCGAGCCCUACGAGCCCGGCACGGCGCCUCUGCCCGGGCAGCAGGACGGCAAGAGGGCCGUGGAGCCGGCCUUCGUGGCCCUUCUGAGGACCGAAGGGGUGUCCGAGAGCACCAUCGGCGCUUUGCUCCAGCAGGGCUUCGACUGCCCCAACGUGCUGGCCAUGAUGGAGGAGAAUGACGUGAAAUCCGUCGCCCCCAACCUGGGCCAGGCGCGCGUCCUGUCCCGGCUGGCCGGUCACUGCCGGGCCGAGCUGCAGCUGCAGAGGCAGGACCGCCCGGGGGCCGCCUCCCGCCCCAGGACCCGCUCCAACAGCUUCGGCCAUCGCGGCGACCUCGUGUCCGGCGACUACGUGGGGCCGCCCGGGCCGGGCGCCAUCGCGGGGGGCGCCGCCGUCCUGCCACCGUCCGUCUUCCCCCCGCAGGCCGCCUCUCCCCGCACCGAGGUGACGCGCAGGCCCUCCAGUGCGCCCUCUCAGCACCUUCUGGAGACGGCCACCUACUCCGCCGCCGGCAUGGCCCACCCCAACCCUGGCUACAGCUCUCCCGUGCCGGGCCCCAUCGGCGCCCGCCUGGGACCGUCUUACUCCCCGCAGGCCGGGAUCGCGAUGACCACCACGGUCCAGACCCACGUCCAUCCGAGCCCCAAGACGGCCUACUCCACCUCGUACACGGUGCCCAUGGAGCUGAUGAAGCGCGACCGCAGCGCCGCCGCCGCGUCUCCCGUGCACAGCCCCCACGGCAGCCCCCAGCUUCUCCGGAAACUGGGGACCCCGAUGGAGGGCAGCCCGAGCCUGCACACGCCUCACUCCCCCUACCAGAAGGUGGCCCGGCGCACGGGAGCCCCCAUCAUCGUGUCCACCAUGAUGUCCCCCGACCCAAGCAUCAGGCCUCAGAUCAUGAACGGCCCCCUGCACCCGCGCCCCCUGGUGGCCCUGCUCGACGGGCGGGACUGCACCGUGGAGAUGCCCAUCCUGAAGGACCUGGCCACCGUGGCCUUCUGCGAUGCCCAGUCCACGCAGGAGAUCCACGAGAAGGUGUUGAACGAGGCGGUGGGCGCCAUGAUGUACCACACGAUCACCCUGACGCGGGAGGACCUGGAGAAGUUCAAGGCGCUGCGGGUCAUCGUGCGCAUAGGCAGCGGCUAUGACAACGUGGACAUCAAGGCGGCUGGAGAGCUCGGCAUCGCCGUGUGCAACAUCCCAUCUGCGGCUGUGGAGGAGACGGCCGACUCGACGCUGUGCCACAUCCUCAACCUGUACCGGCGCAACACGUGGCUGUACCAGGCCCUGCGAGAGGGCACCCGAGUCCAGAGCGUGGAGCAGAUCCGCGAGGUGGCCUCUGGGGCUGCGCGCAUCCGCGGGGAGACGCUGGGCCUCAUCGGCUUCGGUCGCAGCGGGCAGGCCGUCGCCGUCCGAGCCAAGGCCUUUGGCUUCAGUGUCAUAUUCUACGACCCCUACUUGCAGGACGGCAUCGAGCGCUCGCUGGGCGUCCAGCGGAUCUACACGCUGCAGGACCUGCUCUACCAGAGCGACUGCGUGUCCCUGCACUGCAACCUCAACGAGCACAACCACCACCUCAUCAAUGACUUCACCAUCAAGCAGAUGAGGCAGGGGGCCUUCCUGGUGAAUGCUGCCCGCGGUGGGCUGGUGGACGAGAAGGCCUUGGCGCAGGCCCUCAAGGAGGGGAGGAUACGAGGGGCCGCCCUGGAUGUGCACGAGUCCGAGCCGUUCAGCUUCGCUCAAGGCCCCCUGAAGGACGCCCCAAACCUCAUCUGCACCCCGCACACAGCCUGGUACAGCGAGCAGGCGUCGCUGGAGAUGCGGGAGGCAGCGGCCACCGAGAUCCGCCGCGCCAUCACAGGCCGCAUCCCGGACAGCCUGAGGAACUGCGUGAACAAGGAGUUCUUUGUCACCUCGGCUCCCUGGUCUGUCAUGGACCAACAGGCCAUCCAUCCGGAGCUCAAUGGCGCCACCUACAGGUACCCGCCUGGCAUCGUCAGCGUCACGCCUGGAGGCAUCCCCGCGGCCAUGGAAGGCAUCAUCCCCGGAGGUAUUCCCGUGACUCACAAUCUCCCCACAGUGGCCCAUCCUUCCCAAGCGCCCUCUCCUAACCAGCCCACCAAACAUGGGGACAACAGAGAGCACCCCAAUGAGCAAUAGCAGAAAACUUAACCCAAAUAAUCAUUUUCGUAAGCUUGGGACCAAGAGACAGUGAACAAUCAACAAGGAACUCCGAGAAAAGGAACUGGAUGCAGAGCCCCCACGAGGGGUCUGGACGGAGAACGCCAUCCACGUUGCAGUGUUAAACGAGGAAAGCCAAAGGCGAGACUUGGGGAAAGCCCGGAAAUCGUCCUCUCUGCUUCCAAGUGCUGACACGAACACCCAACUUCUGUUACUGUGUGUUAAGUUUUUUUCAUCUGUGCACCAAUCACAAGAAUAAAUCGAUCUUUUUCCUUUCUCAACCCCUCGGGAAUGGCAGCUCCCGAACAUCUGCUUCAGAGCGUUGCAUCAAGAGAUCCAACCAUCAGAAUAGGAAAUGCCGAGAGGAAACCCUGGCCAUAGGACUCGGCCUCUUCUCUCCGCUCGUGGCUGGUUCCCUCUUUGGCUAGGAGGACAAACUAUGGCAAAGAUGAGGAGAAAACGGUUUUCCCACGUUAGACAACUCCAAAGCGUACGAUACUGAAUAUAGUCGAGGUUCCUGGGUACAGACAGUGAAACCUACGUCUCCCUCCUCUCAACUCUACACACACACACACAAACACACACACCCCGAGCGGUUGGCUGUAAAAGCUAAGUAAAACCCUCUAAUGAUGCAAAAAAAAGAAAAAAAGUAUUAAAUUUCACAAGCUGUUUGUACUCAAAUAUAUUUUCUCAGUUUCAGAUCCUCAGCUAUUUUAUUGAGUGGAAAGUCUUGAGCUGUAGAGUUCAAGAAGAAUAAUGUUGCAUUUCCUUAUGUCUCAGGAAACACUUUUUAUGGUAAUUUGUCAGAUUGUCUAUGAACAAAACCCACUUUUUUAGACAUUGAUAAAAAGUCUUCUUUUCUUCACGUGAUAUUUUAUACAAGAACACUUCAGAUGUGUUAUUAGGUGUGACUGAUUUUAACAAAUCCUAUUAGAUUUGUAUCAACUAGUUACAUGUUAUAUUCAUAGUCUUUUGUGAAUCAUCGCCUUUUUGUUUUAAAAGAUGGCCUAUUUUGAGCCUUUGUAUAGGUACAUUCCUGUUUCUGUGACAAAAAGAAAUCUUUAAAACUGUCCCCAAACAGAAAAGCAAUCAUGGCUAUCAGCAGUAUGUUCUGUUUUAGUGUGUUACCUGUUCUUGUAUUUGUUUAUUGUAAAGGUGGACAUUUAGCGUUCAGUGCAGUUUUCAAUAAAAAGUGAUCAAAACUUCUGUUAAAUUCUGAAA